GAUCAGCAAAAGCACAGUCUUUUCUUUUGUUCCCUUUUUAUCCUUUUUAUUUACUUUUUAUUUACUUUUUCCCUUUUCACUCUCCUUUCCUCUUAUCUUUCACUCUUCACUCUUCACUCUUCACUUUUACUCUUUCUUCCACUUCCACUUCCUCACAAUCCUCUCAUCUUUGAACUUGUCCUAUCCUCUUCCCUCUUGCUGAUCAACACGUUCAGACUCUAGAACACCGCAUGGCGGACUUUUUUUUAUUUUAUUUUAUUUUAUUAUUAUUAUUAUUUCUUUUCACUCUCCAUUUGGAACCAUUGUAAAUUGUAAACUGUAUAUAAAAUAAUAAUACUAGAAUAACCCUAUCACCAUGUCCAGCCACGCUGUUCCUGUAACAACUAUCGACUCGGGCCCAAUAGCCAUAGCAACACGCACACCCAAUGUUUCAUCAGAAUCCUCAUCAAUAAUCCCUUCAACAGAUACAGCAACACCAAGGCCAACUUCAACAAGACUUUUACUACCAACACCACCUGCUAAUGGCUACCCCAGUUGGAACAACACCGUUACCCCAACAUAUCCCUUCAGACCAGGCUCUACCGGCUCAGCCAGACAGCCACCCUACAACAGCGAUACCGGUGUCUCUGUACAAACAGUGUUCUAUGCGAUUGCAGUCUUGGGGUUUGUGAUUGCAGUCUUUUACAUCACCCAUUUGAUUCGAAGAGAUCGUCGUCGUCGUAGACUCGAAAGAGAAGAUCGAGAUGCAGAAUUAGGUGCAGGUACAUCCAAUGGUAUGGGCGGUACUCAAUAUACUUCCACCUACCGUCCCGAGGAUGACGAUGUCUGUCCUCCUCCGCAAUACCGCGCCUACAGUUUAGAUCAGCCUCUUGUUGAGGCAGACAUGGCUGUGGUUUAUCCGGACCAUGUCUAUUACAUCCCUCGUUGUCACCAUCCACUGCAACAGCAACAACUCCGUGGUCAUACUGCAUCCGGUUCCACAUCUUCACGAACGGGUCUUCUCACUGACACAAAUGGACCUGCUAAUGCCACUGCAGUCCCUACGAUUCCUACCGCCGUUGAUAAUGCCGCUGGUAAUAGGCCUAUUCUUCACACCAUCACUACCACUACCACUACCACCACCAUCACCACAUGCUCCCCCACCUCGCCCUUGUCCUCAUCCUUAUCCUCGUCCUUAUCCUCAUCCUCAUCCUCAUCCUCAUCCUCAUCCUCAACUAUUGAUAUCACCCCUCGAUUGACAAUUUUGCCCAAUUCCCACCACGUGACAGAUCAAAACUAUGUCGAACAGGCUGGUAUGGUCGACAGCAACAAUAACAGUGGAAACAACAGUAACAGUAACAACGACCUAGACAGUAACGUGUCUAGACCAAGGUUUAGGUCUAGAUCUGUCAUCAGUGCGCCGUCACCAGUAUUUAGGCUCAAUGGUGGUAGACACAUGUCCAUCCUUCGAACAGCAGCAGGUCUUACGGGCAGAGGCAGUAACAAUACCCGUUCUUCUGGACGUCGUUCACAAACAAUGUCCUCAUCAACGCUUCUGCCCCCUAUUAUUGAUUCUCGAUCUUCAAGCCCCUCCGGUUCUUAUUCUCAUUCUGCCUUAUCAACACCCAUGUCAGCGUCUGUAUCAGAUCACACUAUGCUUGUCCCUAUCCUCUCCUUUGCCGCUCCACCACCUUCUUCUCCCUCCCUUUCUCCUUCUCCAGACACAAACACUGCUACCACCACCACUACCACGACAACAACAACAGCAGCAUUGACGCCUACUCCAGUAAUGACUGAACGAGCAGGAGGAGGAGUAAGCCGAUCUGGUAUCUUGCAGCCAAUCUUGAGUAGACUCCGAAGUCAGGGGCCACCGCCUUAUGUCUCCAUGCCUCCAGAGGAACCGUUACCUCAUCUUCCUCCUGAUUAUUCGAGUACUGCGUCUGGUUCUCCUUAAUUUUUUUUUUUUGUAUCCUUUCCUUUCCUUCAUUUUAUUAUUUUUGUUAACG